AUGGGCGGUCCGCAUAUUAGAUUUUUUGACUCGGGGGCCUGGCGAAAUGGUUGGCUCGUUUUCGCCAGCUCAAAAGUGCUUGUGGCGGCAAGGGAAUGCCCUUCGGGGAUGCGAACAAUGUCCCUGCCCGGAUCGCACCGUUUUGGCUUUGAAGGGUGCGGAGAAGGUUUGGAUUCUUUCGAAAAAGACCAGCAACAAGAAUUCUGGACUAAGCAGGGAUGGUGGCGGCAUUUUAGGAUUCCUGGCAAUGGGGCAACGCCGCUCGCCGUUUUAAGUUCGGGGGCAACAUGUGUGAUGGUUUUGGCGGAGCACAAAAAGCAACCAAUAUUGCCCCAUAACAAGACCAUCAAGCUGUGGCACGGAAGGUUCCACGCCCGGUCCCAAAUAUUUUCUCAAACAUUGCGAUGCAUUGAAAUAUCAAUAUUCAGUCACCUCGCCGUAUAUCCUCUCUCGGAACUCGAGCCAAAGAGUUCACGUUUUCGGAAACAGAAAUGGACGGGAAUCACUCGGAUAUCGCUAGAGUACACAUCGCUGAAGAGCAGCAUUACCAAUUACCGUUAUGAAAAUGGUAGACGUUACCAUGCGUUUCAUGCUGGGGCCUACUGGGGUCCUAAUGACGAAAAGGCAAUAGACCACUUAGAUAUCGGGCAUCAUGUCUUUUCGGUUAUGCUGCAUGGAAAGCUCUAUUUAGCUCCUAUUCCAGAGAACCCUCAAGUAAGCCCCCAUUCCGGGCUUUCUAUGGAGGCUGCGAUGAUGCCGCGCGUCCUUGAUGUGGGAACUGGAACUGGCAUAUGGGCAAUCGAAUUCGCCGACCUUCAUCCGUCCGCUUCAGUCAUAGGGACCGAUCUGUCGCCAAUUCAGCCAAGGUUUGUCCCGCCAAAUGUGGCGUUUGAAAUCGACGACUGCUGCGACGAAUGGGUUUACAAAAACCCGUUCGACUUCAUCCACGUGCGAGGACUGUACGGAUGCGUCGCCGACUGGGACAAGUUCUACAAGGAAGCGUACAGAAACCUCAAACCGGGUGGCUACAUCGAACAGCUGGAGCAGUCGGUAUACCUCAAGUCCGAUGAUGGCACUGUCGAGAAGACAAUAUUUGAAAAAUGGGGCCAAGUAUCCCUUGAAGCUGGCGAUGCGUUUGGAAAGACGCUACGAAUCGUGGACGAAUCCCGUCAGGGAAUGAUCGACGCCGGCUUUGUGGACGUCGUUGAGAAUCGUUUCAAGGUGCCCCUGGGGCCGUGGCCGAAGGAUCCUCACCUCAAGGAGCUGGGAAAGUAUAACCGUUUGCAGUGGCAGGAAGGAAUAGAAGGCUGGACAAUGCUGCUCUUGACCAACUUUUUGGGGUGGACCCGCGAGGAGGUAGAACUUUAUCUGGCGGAGGUGAGGCGUGGGCUUCGCAACUCGAAGAUUCACGCCUAUCAAGAAGUGUACGGUCUCUCCGGUACCCUGAGAAUCUUUUGUUUGUGCUGGAGAUGA